AGGCGCGCGUCCAGGCAGUUAGUUACACAUUCCAGCAGAGAGAGGCACAGUGCGUGUGAGUGUGCGUGUGAGCGAGAGCAGAGAGCGGAGAAAUGUCUUAGUAUACAGUUGGAUGGACCUGAUUGUCCAUUACGCAGAAGGAGACUAAUUUCCGGAUUUUUUCAGCUAUGGACUGGACAAAAUAAAGUUAAAACUGAUCUAAUCGCCUAAAUAGAAAGGUAAACAGGGAACCCACAUGGAGGCCGAAAGUCUUAUUCAACACAUUGAACGAGACAUGGAGGUCACUUCAGAGCCGUUAUCAGUGACCGCUGACUGGCUGGAGGACGGAAACGAGACGACCGGGAAUCAGUUCCAGCAACCCGACUGGCAGGUGGCUCUCUGGGCUUUAGCCUACUCCCUCAUCAUCCUGGUGUCCAUCACUGGGAACGUCACAGUGAUCUGGAUUAUCCUCGCUCACAGACGCAUGAGGACGGUAACCAAUUACUUCAUCGUGAACCUGGCCUUCUCUGACGUUUCCAUGGCAACCUUUAACACUCUUUUCAACUUUGUCUACGCACUUCACAACGACUGGUACUUUGGCCUGGGUUACUGCAGGUUUCAGAACUUCUUCCCCAUCACAGCCAUGUUUUCAUCAAUAUACUCGAUGGCAGCCAUCGCAGUGGACAGGUACAUGGCCAUCAUCCACCCUCUGAAGCCUCGCCUCUCCUCCACCUCUACCAAGGUUGUGAUUGCUCUGAUAUGGAUCGUAGCCAUCUUACUGGCUUUCCCUCAGUGCUACUACAGCGUGACAAGGUUUUACUACCCCAGAACUGUGUGCAUGGUCGACUGGCCAGAUGAUUAUGGAGGCACACAUCAACUAAGUUACCAGUAUGCAGUGAUUUUGCUGAUCUACUUGCUCCCUCUGCUGGUGAUGCUGGUGACCUACAGUUUAGUUGGUCGAUCGCUGUGGGGUGGACACAUCCCCGGAGAGGCGUCGGACCAUUACCACAGCCAGAUAACAGCCAAGAGAAAGGUGGUGAAGAUGAUGGUUGUGGUGGUGACGACCUUUGCCCUUUGCUGGCUGCCCUACCAUAUCUACUUUAUUCUGGGAUCAUUUAACAGAGACAUUUAUAAGCAACAUUACAUCCAACAGGUGUAUCUGGCCAUAUUCUGGUUGGCCAUGAGUUCCACCAUGUACAAUCCUAUUAUUUACUGCUGUCUGAACCAAAGCCUCUCUCUGUGCAGGUUUCGUGCUGGUUUCCGUCACGCCUUCGCCUGGUGUCCCUUCAUCAAGGUGUCGGAGGAGGACAAGAUGGAGCUGCAGCACACCCACACCUUCAGAGUCACCAUGACGCGAAGCCACCGCAACGACACCUCAUCCAUCAAAGCAAACAAUGCGUAUGCCUCAAACACAGCCAAUGACCUCAACACGGAGAGAGACACUUGUGCGUCGCUUAAAAACCACUCACACAACACAUCCAAAGCACACUUGGUGAAGAGGGUGGACGAUGCAAAAUCCUCAGCAGCCAAGCUUUUGGAGAACACCCACUGACUGCUGAAGCGUCGUGAUAAGGAUAUUCUCAAAGGGAAGACAAAAAGAUUUUCUGACAAGACAGAGGAGAACCUGCUGACUUCCGGAUGGAGGUGAAUCAACUAUGACAUUCAUUAGUGUGGAAACCUUUAAAGGAGUUGGUCAUUGGACUUGGGACCAUUAACAUUUUUUUUUUUUUUUUUUAAAAAACAUUAUUGUAUUAAACAUAUACAUGAAUGAAUGUGACUAUAAAGCAGGUGGAGGUUUUGCUUUUAAGGCCAAACUGCUCAUACAGACAUAUGAAAAUAUACACUGGAAAACAAAAGAGACCAUUCCUGAUGUUGCAACAUUUACUGCAAUUGGGAAAGUCUUUCUUUUGCUGCAGACCUUCCUUCUCUGUUGCUGCCUCAACUUCUACAUCUUUUCUUUCAGCACUGACGCUUUUCUUUGUCUUCGUCUUCUCCGUCUCAGCUUUGGAUAUUUUGGUGUUUAUGGCAAAAUCUAACUGUGGUUACUGGUUUUCUAGUGCAUAGAGUGGAUCGUCAGUCCACUGGCAUCAGCAUCAAGCCUUAAUAUGUUGUUGUUUAUGUGUUUUCUGCCUUUAAUACAGGACUUCUUUUAAAAUUCUCUCAUAGGAACUUCUGUUUUCCUUCCUUUCUUCAACGACUAGAAAGCACAUAAAUUAAAAUCAGUCAUUGGUUCCUGAUUUUGAUGAAGAUCUUUUCAACUUUUCUGGCCUUCUGAAAUAACGCUAAAGUGCAGGUUAGCUCCUCUAAAUAAUCUGGGCUUGUCCAUUUUCAUGAUUUUAGAUUUACUUUUAAGAAGCCGACAUCUCUUUAAAGUCUGAGAUAGAAAAUCUCUGAAUGUACGAUCACCAGCUGGCAACAAAUUUUCAGGGACAGCAAAGAGACCUUCUGUUAUUUCUGCUUUUAAACAACAUUAACAUUGAUGCUAGGAUCUUCAUAAUAUUGGAUAUGUAAAGGGACAACUGGCCUUGAAUUUCCUGGAUGAGCUUAAUUAUUGUGUGGUUUGUAUGUUGCUGUACAGUACUAUGCCUUUGACAUUUUGUUACUGUAACUUGCUCUUAUAUUGUGACUUCAAUGGUUCAUAGAGCUGCAAUGUUUAUUUAGGUUCCGUGUACAGUAGAGUCUAAAUUAAAAAGUCAAAGAACUACUGAAGAAUUAGAUGUGAAACAUAAUACUGCCAUCUAUUAAAUGUAUUAUUAGAACAUAUGCUGAUUAAGUGGAAAUGUAAAUAUGAAACAGAUGGACUGGAUGUUUAGAAUCACGCCAAUAAGUUUUAAAUUCUGAAGCUGUGAGUAUUAAGAUUUCCAAAUGAAGUAAAAAAAAGCUUUGAUUCGUUGUAACUUUUUGACUUGUUAAGUGCACACGGUGACAGCAUGAAACAUCUGUAUUUGUCUACACAGAACCGGAAGUUUGUUGUUUGUGAUCGACAUAAAAGUCAAAAAUAUGUUUAAUUAAUGUGGUAAUAAAAUUGCAAUGCAAGGACAACCCA